AUGUCAGUGAAAAGGAAAAAUAUACAAAUUUUUGAUGGCUUAAAAUUGACUGGUAUUAAAUCGGUGGAUGAUUGUUUUAAUCAAGCUAUUUCACCGUUAGCUAUAUUAACUGAAAUGCGUGGCAUACUUGAAUCCACUUUGAUUAAAUGGCGAAGUGAUUGUGGUAUUGGAUCAUCUGGUACGAUAAGAAAAGGUUUACGACUUAUGCUGGCACGAGCAAAAACGGCUACAAUGAAUACAAUAUCUCCGGAUUUACCGCACGGAUCUCAUCAUCCAAUCGAAUUGAUGAACAAUUUGCCAAGUUUUGCGAUAUGCAGCGAUGAGAAAACCUAUCCGAUGAUUGUAACAAAUGGUGCAUUUCCUGUACAGCUACAGAAAACAUUUGAUUCAAUGUCCGAACUUUUGAAUAUUUGUGCAAAAAUAUUGGACAAUAUUGAUUCAUUGUUAACAAAGUUGGAAACAGUAACGAAAUGUAUUAUUGAAUGCAGUGGUGAAUUAUCGCAAUUAUGCUUAAAUGCUGGUUUACACGGUGUGAAAGCAAUUCGAGCAAUGGAAAAUUUCGCAUGGAAUGUUCGAAUUUUAAAAAUUCAUCUAACAUUAAUUUAUAAAGCACAAAUUGAAGCAAAUAAUAUUGUCACCGAAGUAUUUGAUGUUGCCUGCACAUUGAGAGUAUUAUCGAAAAAAUCCACUAAAAAAAUACGCGGAAAUCGUCAUUCUUGUUAA